AUGAAUAACAAAAUAACUGAUUACAUUUCGGGAAUAAAAGUAAAUGCUACUCUUGAAGAAUUGGAGGCGGUGCAACCCCUGGCUCAGGAAUUGGUGGAAGUUUACGACUAUCAGAGGGAAGAAAUAAAAACUCAUCCGCAAUUUCGGAUCUCUCUUUCUCCUUCCGAUGAAAAGAAAAGUUAUCCAGUCGACAUUGCCGUUUUCGAAAAUCAUAAGCUCAAAAUAAUUUGUGAAUUUUUAAAGAAAAUUGAAACUAAUCAAGGAAUUUCUUUUCAAGAAUUGAAUGAUAUUUUGCCUCGUGGUGUUUGGGAAGAAACCCAUCCUCGUUAUGAGGAAUUAAAACCGCGUGAAAAUCUAAAAAGUGUUUUUUAUCAAAUUAAAAAAAGUCUACAAAAGACUGUUAUUGGUAGCACUAAUGAACCUGAUAUAGCAAAGAGUGUUCUAAAAAUUUUAUUUUGUAAAAUUUUUGAUGAAAGAUAUCAAAGUGAAAACGGAUUUGUGGACUUUUAUGCUAAUACUGAUAAUUCCCAAGAAAGUUCGGAAAAAGUUCGAGAAAUUUUUGUUAAGGUUAAAACAAAAAGUGGCAAGUUAGCCAUAGUUUUACCAGAAGCCAGUAUUUUUGGCAAUAAAAUUUAUCGUGAACUUCGGAGAACUUUACUUCAAAACUACAAAAUAAUAGCAGUUUUUAGUCUUCCCCCGGAAACUUUUAAACCUUUUACCGGCGUAAAGCCAGCAAUUUUAGUUUUAGAGAACAGCCGAGCUAAUGAUGAGGAUAGAAUUAUUUGUGUCGAAAUUCAAAAUAUCGGUCAUGACAAAAGAGGAAAAAUUUUAUACAAUUAUGCUAGCAACGGCGUUCCGCAGAAAGAUAAAAAUGGAAAUUUUGUGGUUAAUGAUGAAUUGGAUAGCCUGGCUGCAAAAUUAAAAAACCGUCAUGAAAUUACUCAUUAUCAAAAGUCAACCGAAAAAGACAAAGUUUUUUUUAUUACACAUAGAGACAUAAAAAAAACCGAAGACCUAAUUUUAAUUCCUAGUUAUUACAAUGGUUUUCUUAACCAACAAGAAAUAAAAAGUAACCAAUUAGUUCUGACUUUCAGAGAAAUUAUUGACAAUGGCAUAAUAGAAGUUAACAAGAAUAAAAAUAUUCCGACCGGUGAUGAAAUAGGGAGCAGAAAUUAUUUGGAAAGUGGCACCAUACCAUUUAUUAGAACCUCCGACAUUACUAAUUUAGAAAUCAGAAGCAACCCCCAACAUUUUACUAGUGAGGAGAUUUAUCAAAAAUAUAAAGAUAAACAAGAUAUUAAACUCUAUGACAUUUUAUUAGUAAAAGAUGGGAGGCAUUUGGUAGGUGAGUGUGCUAUAAUUAUGCCGGAAGAGGAAAAAAUUAUAUUUGCUGCUGGUGAAAAGGUUAAAGAGCAAGUGGAUAAACUAUUGUUUUACUCCACUGUUCCUCAUUUAAGCAAUAGAAUUAAAGAAAUUAGGUUAACCUUUCCAAAGGAUAAAGAAAAAUUGCUGGAAAAUAGUCAAGACCAAUUUCGGGGCUGGUUUAAUUCUUCCUUGAUUACUUCCGUCAUUCUGACUAACCAAGCCCCUUAUCAACAAGUUCUUUCCCACGGCUUUGUAGUUGACGAAAAAGGACAUAAAAUGUCAAAAUCUUUGGGUAAUGUGAUUGACCCCGAAGACAUUAUUGAAAAAUUUGAAAAUCUGCAAGAAGGUUAUCAAAAAAUCCGCAACACUUUGCGGUUUUUACUUGGCAAUUUAGCCAAUUUACCACCAGAGAUAAAAAGUGAAAAAGACUUAGAGACAAAUUUAAAUCCAGCAGAUUAUUAUAUUCUCCAUAAAUUAGAAAAAUUAGUAGCAGAAAGCCAAAAAAAUUACC